GCUGUCGCGUAGAAGAGAGCAAUUAACUGAAAAGCUUUUAAAAAGGAGUUGUGGCUUGGACGCAAUGAUCGAUCAGGCAGCCUGCUACGCACUGUUGCUUACUGCCUUGUUGUAAAGCAUAGCAGUUGAGGAAGGGUAUGCAGUUGAAUAAUCACACCAUGCAAUGGAAGACGUAAUCCAUCCAUCUCCAUCGAUGGGUCGCUCCAGCCGACCAAUCAACGUGAAGGAGUGACUAGGUUAGGCACCGCGUGACACACGAGGCCGUGACAUCCGGCGACGCUAAUCCUCAACUGCCGUGGUUCUAUAUAUUCUGUGGCCACAUGUUGACAUGUGAUGGUACUGUUUUUGUUUUCACCGUCGAUUCUUCUGUGUAAGUAAGGCAUGAUGAACACAUAGGUUAGGAAUGGAGUGGACACGCGCGGAUGGCCUUUUGUGGAUUUGGAAUAUAUAAAUGUAUGAAUGGAUGAAUGAUCAUGCAUGACGAUCGACUUUCUGCCUAACCAACUUUGCGGAGGAAAUACUUACUUACUGAAAGAAAGAGAAAUAUUAAAGCUACGCACUGUACGUACUGGACGCGUCCUGCGUACUCUACAAUGAGUGCCGAAAGAGAAAGGCGCCGGAGUCAGGCAGUCAGCCAGGCAGUACGUACCCGCUACCUGUACGUAAGCAGUUGGAUAUCACUAGCGGCUAUAAUGAACCAAGAACAACCCUUUGAUCGUGUAGAAUUGGCAGGAUAAGUAAUAAAAUAUAGCAGGAAAAAUGGACAAAAAAUAAUCAAAUACUAGAAGCACCUCCAUCAUCACUAUAGUGGGAGCAGCGAUGCAGGUGCAAGUGAGCAACCCCCUCCUUUCAAGUUUCAACCACUCUCUCUCUCCCCCAUAUGUCACCCACAUAUUUAUAUACACGCAGAGGCACGGAUGUCAGACGACAUACACGCAUGAGCUAGCCAGUGUCUGAUACAGGCCGCCAUAUACAGGUGCAGCUUCACGCCAGCCAGCCAGCCACCGGAGCUUGCGCUCAGACCGAUUGCCGACCGGAGCCAUGGAGGAGGACUACGUGUUCAAGGUGGUGGUGAUCGGCGACUCGGGGGUGGGGAAGACGCAGCUGCUGGGGCGCUUCACGCGGGGCGACUUCUGCCUCGACUCCAAGUCCACCAUCGGCAUCGAGUUCCAGACGCGCACCGUCGACAUCGCCGGCCGCCGCGUCAAGGCCCAGAUAUGGGACACCGCCGGCCAGGAGCGCUACCGGGCCGUCACCAGCGCCUACUACCGGGGCGCGCUGGGCGCCAUGCUCGUCUACGACGUCACGCGCCGGGACAGCUUCAGCCACGCCGCCAGGUGGGUCGCCGAGCUCCGCGCCCACGCCGACAAGUCCAUCGUCGUCGCGCUCGUCGGCAACAAGGCCGACCUCACCGCCGCCGCGCCGGGGCGCCGCGAGGUGGGGGCCGAAGAGGCCGAGGCCUUCGCCGAGGAGCAGGGGCUCUUCUUCUACGAGGCGUCCGCGCUGAGCGGCGACAACGUCGAGGCCGCCUUCCUCGGCCUGCUCGAGGAGAUCCACGCCGCCGUGUCCAGGAAGCCGCUGGAGGCGGCGAGAGGCAACGGUGAUGGCGACGACGACGUCCUGGUGCUCAAGGGCAUUUCUCUGUCUCAAGAGCUCUCCAUGAUGGAGACCAGCGCCAUGAAAACACCAAGCAGGUGCUCUUCAUGCUCCUCGUGAUACGAUACGAUACCAGAUGAUAUGAUGUAUUUGUUUUGAUUAGAGAACAAGAGAAUAGGCACAGAGAGGUAAAUGAACAGUCGUUUACUUUAUUGAUAAUGUGAUCACAUAUAUAUACAGUUUGAGGGGAUGCCACUA